AUGUUGUUCAUUUAUUGUUCACUCGUAAGUCCUUCAAUUGGAUUUACGUCAUCCUACCCGAGCGCAUUCCUGUUGGCUGAAAAAAACCACGCAGCACCUUCCAGCCCUCUACCGAUCCCGAUUCGGCUAGACGAUGCUGGAUGGCGGAAAACGACCGAUGGCUGGAAGGAUGUAGUGAACCAUCCAGUAUUGGUUGGUGCAGGUAACUCUUUCUUCACUGAGCCGGGAGACACGGGCAACCAACUCCGCAAGGGUGAUACCGCUCAGGACUUGGUCUCUCCAAGGCCUCCUCCCCACUAA